GUAGCAAAACACAGUGCUUGAAGCAAUAUGCAGCGUAAGAAACGACAGGGAAGAGCACGGAGCGAUCGGGCAACCAUGGCGACAUCAAGGCCUAGAUCGUCUCUGCCGCAGCGGAAGGUAAACGAGAAAACCGAGGCGAUCGUAAAUGACUUCGCGACGUUCCUCUACAAAGAAGGCCGGGAUGUGUUCCAGAACAUCGAAAGAAUCAAGCGGUUUCUCAGGUUGGCUGACAGGCGUUUCCAAGGGGACAAAGUGACCCCGGAGUCGUUCUUCAACUUCUGUACGCACGAAGUCGAUCACAUCUGCUGGGCAUUGUUCUGUCACGCCAGGUUAAACGCCGUUAUCGCACCGCACGGCUUCCAGCUUUUGCGCGCUCGCGAGAACUCCUUCGCUCUACAAACUCUAGAAAAUUCGGAGGACACACUUAGCGGUCCGGACAACAUCUUCGCAACGUGCGUCUGCAUCUGGCUUCUGCGAACGCAUUCGUGCAUAUCCAAAGUGGUCCUCAAUGUAGCGACUGUCGCUCGCUUUCACGCUCCCUUAUUCUGGAAGCUGCUCUUCAUAAACACUCGUCACCUCGACAAAGUCGAACUAAUAGGCUUGCCUACCGACCAGAAUCAUUUUAGAGUCGCAUGUUUGUUCGAAAAGGCUCGCGAACUUUCGGAAAUUGUCCUCGUUCACAUACCCCUCACUGACGAACAAGCGGAGUUACUUUGCAGCGUAAUAGCUGAGAACGAAGGACUCGAGAGACUGGUGUUAAAGUACGUCAACAUGACCACAACGGCGCUGGAAGUCCUGAGAAGGGCCAUUACAAAGUAUAGCCGUCCAAUGUCGUUCGAGUUACGGGAGAAGACUGGCGCAUGCGAGGGAUACGAAGAUGCGGUAACGGCAAUAUUGGACACUCCAGUCAGCGAACUGUGCCUGGAGACUCCGUGCAACUGGGCGGAGCUCUUCAAACGCCUUCGUCGUAAUACGUGCCUGUGCGAUUUGGAAAUAAUCGACCGCGACUCUCUCCUGUAUUCGUCACUCACUAACCUGGCAGAAGCCGUCCUCGAAAACACGACGUUAAGAUGUCUGAAGCUUACCAUUAGACCUUCUCUGACGAACGCGUUUCCCGCUGACCAUUGGUGUAAGUUGACGGAUGCGAUUGGACGAAACCGAGCUCUGACAGCUCUCAGUUUCGCCUCCUCCAGCUUCUGCGAAGAAGAGAGCUCGGCGAUAGCCUCGCUUGCGGAAGGGAUAGCCCGGAAUAAAACUCUCGUCGAGGUUUCGGUGGAAGACUGCGAUCUUUCUUUGACCAGCUUGUUACUUCUUCUGGACGGGCUGGCACGUAACGAGAGAGUGGAGAUACUGCGUAUCGGCGCCUUGAGCGAGGACGAAGAGGUCAAUCGCUCGGUGUUUAAGCGCGUUGCCGAACUGGGCCUGGGAGAGCGCGUUGACUGCGAGUACGUGCUUAAAAGCGAAUGGCUGCUUGACUGGACCAAACAAGACUACGAAAGGACGCAAUGUCGUCGGAUGAAAGGUGUGUUCGCCUCCGUACUUUCAAAUGGGGACCGCAUUAGCAAUAUGCUCGAUCGCGCGAAGGAUACCCUGACUUGUCUGCACUUGGAAGGAAAGGACGACGUGCCUAUGAGCGCUGCUGGAGCCUCCAGUCUGCAUGACCUAUUCGCUAACAGCAAUGUACUCGAACACGUGAAGCUUCUGUGUAACGCCGUCGCCGUUUUUGUGGUCAGGAUACUCAGCGGGUUGGCGUCUUCCCGAACAAUCUACUCCGUGUUAUUCGGCCGCAAAUGGCAGUUGUCUCGCGAAGUGGCGAUAGCGUUCGCAGAGACUCUCCAGGAGAACUCUAGCAUUGCGGAACUGACAAUCUGGCAAGACACUCGAAUGGGAUUCGAAGAAUUGAAAGAACAUCUUCGAUUCGGUGUUAGCAACAAUUACGCGAUUCACAAGAUUCGACUCCUGUACGGUCCCGAACGGAAGGAAUCGCACGACCUGGUACUCCCGCAGAUAUUGCUAUACAACAGGACCAUCGCCAGACGUGCGGCGGAAGCUAUUAUCGAAUGCCAUUGGACGGUUAGAGGCCUGCAUGCGUUUACUCGCAUGAACUCUUGCGUCAACUGCCGGGCUGUUCUGCGUCGCGCCACUGGUUUCGACGAUGUAGAGUUGGACUCGCAGAUUAUGAAAGCCAGCAAAUGGGCGGGAAGGCAGUUACCGAGAAUCCCCCUUAUUGUUACUGAAGAUGGCGAAAGAGCGAGAACAGACGCUCGAAAUAAAAUUACACUGCGCGAUGUCAUUGAGGACUUCAUCAAGCAGGCCAAGAUAUUUUUGGAGGGCCACAAGCGUUGAGGACAAGCCCCGUCGUGCUCAAAGAAGUUAGUCUCGAAAGAUUCCUCCUUAAGUCCCGAUGCAUAUUUGUUGACAGCGUGAGUGUUCCACUGACUCCGGUUUUAUAUCUUAAAAAGUACACGCGAACCAUUUUGCGCGUGUUUUAUGCGUUAUCGCAAGUGUGUUCUCGAUUUUCUGACGUGUCUUUGAUAACGCUCAACAUAUAGGGACAUUUGUAGCGUUGCUAUAGGACUAUAUUUGUUGGU